AUGAGGGACCCCUCCACCACCAAGCUCGCCACCAGCAAGGACGCCGCCAAGUCGGUUUCGGUUGGCACCAAGUCUCCUCGCGGGUGGCUCCCCACGAGCAACAAACGUCGCCAUGACUCUCCCUACUCGAGGUCCACCAGCCCCGAGAGCACCGACUCCGUCCCGCCGUACUCUUACAAGAAGCUCCGUCGACCCUCGGCCAUCUGGCGCGCCGAGCGCGAGAAGGAGGCCGCCCGUUUGGCCGCCCGCGACCUGGACCCCGCGAACGCAUACGCGUUCAGCCUGUACCCCGACGCGUUCCUCAACCCGCUACACCUCAUGCUGCGCCAGUUCGAGGCCGACGUGGCGGCGGCCGUGUCUACCAACCCCGACCUUCACAUCGUGUCGAUCUACGUCUGCAUCAAGCGGCUCGUCCUCGGGCUCAACAGCCUCGAAAAGUGGAUCAAGGGAGACGAGCGUGAGAUCCUCAUCGAGUACAUCGGCAAUGUGGUCGAACAUGCCGGCGUGGACCGUUUCGACAUGAUGGAGGAGUUUGGGGACGCGGCGGACAUGGUUGAAAAGUGGUGCAAGUGGUGA